AUGUCUUCCGCAGCUUUAUCGGAGCAAGACGUGGCGAAGGAUGAGCUUGACUGGCUGAACGGGACGUCGGGACAAGCAGCUGUGCACGCCGGAGCACGGGAAGCAAACACCAAGAGGCUGACUGAUUUGGGGUACGGCCCAAUCGGCUAUGGAGUCGUCACUCUCACAGUCUCCACCACUGGAAGGACGUCAUCGUUGGGGCUGCUCAGCCUCAGAGCGGGAGAAGCCUCAGCGGUGUCCGUGUCGGAGAUGUGCCGUGGGGACCCCUCGCGCUCGCUCUCCGUCACUCUGCCGGAGUCCAACAAUGACUGGCAAAGCGGCCUGGACUGGACAUGGCAUGCCGACCAGACCCCGAUUGGGCUGGCAAGGCUCAACAACGGAACUGGGAUCGUCACUCUCAGCUUUGGCAUUGCGAACCCCCACGAGAGCCACUUCACCACGCUCUGCUUGGUACAGAGGACGGUGCCUGAGGAUCAGCCCGAGGUCAUCAGUGAGGGAGUCCCCUUUGUCUGCAUGGCAGAUCUAUGGGCCCCGCAGCGCGAGAUUCUCGAGAUGUUCCGCCGACUGACCGCGCAAGGUACUGUGAAGCCGAGAGCCAGCGGUACAGCGGAUCCGGUCCCUGAAGACGGCGACUCGGAGACGGGCGGCGAAGACGUCGGUUCGGAGAUGGAUCCUGGAGACAUCGGCUCGGAGACGGGUGCUGAAGACUCGGAGACGGAGGCUGAACACCAGCCAGGUGACAUCUCCCAGGGCGUUCGCAUGGCAGAUUUGAGCAUAGUGUAG